UCGAAUAUUUCCUGCCUCGACCCCGGUCUGCGGCUCCGCCCAACGCCAGUUACCACUCACCAGUCACCAGUCUCCACUCUGGAGUCUGGAACUCCCCUCAUCCUCCACAUCUCCACCGCAUCGGAACUAGGAAGGCGAAGCCGAAGGCGCGGCGCGGCGCGGCACGGAUCGAGCGAUGGCGGUGGCCCCUCCUACGGCGGCGGCGCUGGAGCAGCUAAGCAGCAGCAAGAUGUUCGACGGCUUCAAUCUCCGCUUCCGCCACCAGAGCGCCACCCUUGGCUGCGCCAUGACUUUCUCCAUCUACCUGCCCCCGUCCCCGGCGUCCAACCUUCCCGUGCUGUACUGGCUCUCGGGUCUCACCUGCACCGACGAGAAUUUCAUCAUAAAGUCCGGCGCCCAGCGCGCCGCCGCUGCCCACGGCAUCGCCCUCGUGGCACCUGACACCUCCCCACGUGGGUUAAAUAUUGAAGGAGAGUCAGACAGCUAUGAUUUUGGUGUGGGUGCCGGGUUUUAUUUGAAUGCCACAAAUGAAAAGUGGAAAAACUGGCGCAUGUAUGACUACAUUGUGAAGGAACUUCCAAAAGUUUUAAGUGAUAACUUUGAACAACUCAACACGUCACAGGCAUCAAUUUUUGGGCACUCAAUGGGAGGGCAUGGCGCGCUGACAAUUUACUUGAAAAACACUGAUAAAUACAAGUCGGUGUCAGCAUUUGCUCCAAUUGCCAAUCCGAUAAACUGCCCUUGGGGUCAGAAAGCAUUCUCAAAUUACCUGGGCUCAACUAAAUCAGAUUGGGAGGAAUAUGACGCAACCUGCCUGAUUAAAAAGAACAGCAAAGUUCCCACUACUAUCCUAAUUGACCAGAUGUUGGUGUCAACAUUAUUGAGUUGCCAUCUUCCUGGAUAAGGGGGAGGCCGACAAGUUCCUGGCUGAGCAGCAGUUGCUACCUCACAAGUUCGAGGAGGCGUGCAAGGCCGCAGGGGCUGCUCUGACCUUGCGCAUGCAGCCUGGAUAUGACCACUCGUACUAUUUCAUCGCUACGUUCGUGGACGAUCACAUUGCGCACCAUGCUCAGUUUCUCAAGAGCGCCUGACUGUAAAUGUGUAGCGUGAGGAAGACAAGGAGGCAGCCUAGCAUGGGUGUUUUAUCUAUGCCGACAGUGUUGUCUCGUGUGGCAGCUUGAGGAGAGGUGAACAGCACACCCCACAUGCGAAAUAAGAUGGAAGAUUUGCUGUUCCUGUCCAUUGACAUUGACGAGCUCGAAUGGGACUGAUGUUGCACCGAAUGUAGUUUCCCUGUCAUUCGCUAUGCGCAAUUAUGUUAUAACGGCCCUGGUGCAAGGAAUGAUUGCCCGAGUGCUUGUGUGUGCGGCGCGCGCGGUUGACUCUUCUUGGCAUUCUGCAGGGGGUGUACAAAUCUGUAUGGAUCAGAGCUUGGUUUA